AUGUCUGAAGCGAACGGCAGUACCGCCAGUGGGCGCACGAGCGGGAGUGCAACCAAAGAGCAAGUCCAGAUGAUCAUCGUCGGUGCUGGUUUCGCUGGCCUCGCUUGUGCAAUCGAGGCAACGCUGAAGGGCCAUCAUGUCAUCCUCCUCGAGAAGUUCCCCGAGCUCAAAGUGCUCGGCGAUAUCAUCUCCUUCGGUGCGAAUGCCGGGCGGAUCUUCAUGCGCUGGGGGCUGCACGAUCAGUUCUGGACGAUAUGCACCCAUUUACGGCAGUUCCAUUUGCAUACCUGGCGAGGGGAUCUCAUUGAUAACACCCCGAUCAAACCAACGGAAGACGGCAUCCAUCACUAUAAUGGGCAUCGUGGGGAGUUGCACAAGAUCUUGAUGGAUCAUGCGAUUGGGAUGGGCAUCGAUCUCCGGUUCGGACAGCAGGUCACCGAAUACUGGGAAACAGACGACGCUGCCGGUGUUGUUGCUAACGGCGAGCGCUUAACGGCAGAUGUUGUGAUCGGAGCAGACGGGGUGCACUCCAAGGCACGCGAGAAGGUCCUGGGUUACUUUGACAAGCCUCGCCCCUCUGGGUACGCCGUCUACCGUGCGUGGUUCACCGCCAAGGGCAGCGGAAUUGACGAAGAUCCCCUGUCGAGCUACCUCGUCAAAGACGGCGACGCGUUCUACGGUUGGAUCGGGAAGGACGUGCAUUUCCUGACCUCGUCUUCCAAAGGGGGGAAGGAUGUCUCCUGGGUGAUCACCCACAAAGACGAGGCGGACAUCGAGGAGUCGUGGCAGUUCCCGGGAAAGAUGGAAGAUGUUCUGAAGAUCGUCGAUGGAUGGGACCCGCGUUGCGCUGCAAUCCUCUCCAAGGCGCCGAGCUGCGUAGAUUGGAAACUGGUGUACAGAGACCCGCUCCCUACGUGGCUCAGCCGGAAAUCCAGAAUCGCCCUCAUUGGGGACGCUGCACACCCCUUCCUUCCGACUAGCGCACAGGGAGCGAGCCAAGCCAUCGAGGACGGCGUCACGCUCGCUGUGAACCUGAAGCUAGCGGGCAAGAAGAACGUGCAGCUGGCGUUACAGGCGUUCGAAAAGAUGCGAUAUGGACGUGUACGGGGAGCGCAACUCACAGGCGAGUUCAACCGCGACCGGUGGCAUAAUGCCGAUGCGGACGCUGCGAAGAAGGACCCGGACAGCGUGCGCUGGAAGGACGAGGAGUGGAUCAUGAAUCAUGAUGCGGAGCAGUGGGCGUUUAAGCACUAUGAGGAGGUCACGAAGGAUCUCAGGGAGAACGGCUAUAAGCUUCCUGAGCUUGAGGACGACGAUAAGGCUACGGAACGCGUUCUGGAGGCGCGCGAGGAGUAUCUUGCCAGGGUUAUUUAG